AAGCGAGGAGGGGUUAGGGUGAAAUUGGGAAGAUGGAAAGAGCGGGAAUACAAUACAGCCAUUUUCUGUAGAUGAAGCACGGAUACAAUUUGGGCGCACAAGGAAGCCGAAAAUGGCACCUCCCGAUCCCCGCCGUCCAUUCAAACGCUUACCCAUCUCCGAUCAGCAGAAAAGACGAGAGCUAGCGCUGCUCCGGCAGGCUCAGAGUCGACGGGACUCUCAACACCACGCUCGCUGUAUUGCAUCCUCCGUCCUCUCUCUUCAAAACCGAGAGGAGUCCCAAUUGGAAAUUGAAAUUGAAGAAGCCGAACCAGAGCUCUCUCCCAAACCUUCCUCCUCUAACUCUAGGGAUUUCGAUGUUCUUCGAUCCUCCAAGCUCAGAGGCCCUGAAGUUCGUCAAUGGUUCGCGCGACAACUCAUGCUUCCUGAGUGGAUGGUCGAUGUUCCUCCUCGAUUAAACUCUGACUGGUACGUUUUUGCGAGACCUGCUGGGAAACGGUGCCUUUUGGUUUCUUCAAAUGGAACAACGGUUAGUAGGCUCCGUAAUGGUUCUAUCCUGCAUCAUUUCCCUUCUGCUUUACCUAAUGGUGCCAGGACAAAAGAUAUUUCCGGUCCUGCACACUCAUUUUCAAUUCUGGAUUGCAUUUUUCACGAGCCAGAUCAAACCUACUAUGUUAUUGACAUGCUUUGCUGGCGAGGGUACUCUUUAUAUGACUGCAGUGCCGAGUUCCGGUUUUUUUGGUUGAAUUCUAAGCUUGCGGAAACUGGAGCAUGUAAUCCUCCUUCACAGUAUCAUAGAUAUAGAUUCACUCCAGUCCUCAUUUAUGAGUGUGAUCAUAUCGGCCUACACGAGGCAUAUACCGGUGCUUUUCCUUACACCAAAGAUGGGCUAUCAUUCUACAACAGGCAUGCACAUUAUCAAACAGGGAACACACCACUAGCAUUAGUUUGGAAGGAUGAGAACUGUAGCCAAUAUGUCCUUGAUACAGAUAAUAAAGGACAGGUUCCAGCUCAGCAACAGUUAUCUUUGAAUGAUCAGGUGGUUUUGGAGCUUCAAGACGAUGGAAAACUGACAACAUCAGAUGAUCCUCGAGUGGUAUGUGGGUGCUUGGAUUCAAAUUUUAUGCAACAGUCAGGAUUGCAAUCUGGAAGUCUUUUGCGUUUUGUUGUUGGUGAAGGAGGCUUCAGAUUUGUGGAUGGGAAGCUUGAGAUGGCUGAUAUACAUUACAUUGGCAAGACUAACCGUGCACGUGCUUUUGCAGAUAGCUACUCUAAGAUUCUAUUCCAAUAUACUGCUCGACGCUCUCCACUUAAAAUUGAUGAUCUGGUAGCAUCUAUCAGCUCAUGUCACAGUCAAGAAGAUGGAAGUCCUGAUGUCAAGAUGGUUCUUUGAUGAUUGACAAUGAUGCAAAAGGGAGAUAAUAAUCCUUAGGUCGAGAGCCAUUUUCCAUACGGUAUAAACAUUCACAUAACAUCAGUGCUUCUCAAGUCUCUUGAAGGCAACAUUGUCUGUCAUGUCUGUGAUUAACAUUUGGGGUCGAGUUCAAACUACUAGGCAGUGACUUGUGAGUAGCAAAUUGGUUCAGUGAUCCUUAUAGCAUGAUUUUCCUUGGGCAUCAGUGAUCCUUGUUCAUGUUCAUAAUUUGGAUGCAACCCCAGGCAUUGUUGAUAUUGUUUCUGUAUUGCAGGUUUUCAAUCAACAUAUUUUUGGUACAGUAUUGUAUGUACUUACAUGAGGUAUCCACAUCUUAGCAAUAAGAGUUCCUGUUUAUCUUACAGGGUAUCCAUGGACAUAAUUUCUGGUGAAGGAUUGUCCUUGCAAGAGUUGUACAUUUUGAUUAUAGAAUCUUAUGUUAUAUUAUGAUGAACAGUUGAUAUUAUUCUAGCAUGAUUAUUUGUUA